AUAGUGAUUUUGCACGAUACUUUAAUGAAAAAAUUACAUGAUAUAGCAUAUAUUAAUGCGUGUUUCAAAAAUUUCUAGCUCAUUCAAGACGAUGCAAGUAAUUAUACUUCAUAAAAUCUAAAUUAUUUUUAUACAACUAUAACCAAACAAAUUAUGACGGAGAUUGAAUGUCAAUGACUGCAAAAUAUCCUAACAAACGAUUUUUUUUUUUUUUCUAAUUCAAGUUCGAUAAGUCGUGACGCAUGUAAUAAAAGAGUCAAUGUUAGAUUGAGAAACGGUAUACCGAAAACACCUUAUAUAAAUGCCUGACAAAAGUGGACGCGUAGAAAAAAAACAACGGUAGCGUACAAAUUUUGAUUUCUAUAAAAAUGGCUGAUUUUUGGUAUGAUUAGUUGUAAAGAAUAUAAAAAAGUGUGAAAGAUAUAAGAUUCAAUUCACUAGCUUUAUAAUGCUUUAUAAAUUCUUUUUCGUAAAAACGUCAUCUGAUAAUAGUUUCUGGGGCAGAUAAUUUAACAGAUCACUGUAAAAAAAAGUGUUUUUACUUAAAAAGUAAAACUAUCAUGUAACAACGGCGAUAGGAAGGUAAAAAAUAAAUACGCUUUACCUCAAAAAAAAGUACUGAUUGUUUUUCAUGGGUUUAGUCUAGGAUAUGAGGAAAAUGAUUAUUGGCGUAAAUAGCUAUAUAUGAUUUUAAAGCAACCUUCAACUAGUUUAACGCAUACAUUUACUAGGCAAUUUUUUUUUGUUUCCUAUUAUUCAAUUUCACUUUGAUCUAAUAUUCGAUAUUACUUAGUAAUGUGUAUAGGAUAGCAAGAUGAACGAUUUUUCAACAAAUAAAGCAUGUCAGCUACCCCAAACCUCUAUUAUCAAAGAAUUAGGGGAUAUUAAUGACAUGUUUGGUAACCCAUUUUCAUGGUUCAACUUGCGAUUCGACGAUUAUCAAUAUAACAACCGCAAGUCUGCGUUGAAAAAUAAUGUUGAAACGCCCAGUUCAUCACCUUUUUUAUGGUCACAUGCACCCAAUUCAAUGGACCAAUCUAGAGAUAUUAUGAUGUACGAUACACCUACAACAGUAAUGUCUUUUUACAAUAGUAGUUUGAAUGAAGCACCACUGUCUUGCUUGACGACUCUAAGGGAUGUUAUGUAUGAUUCAGUGUCGCUGGACUCUUAUUACAAAAAUCGGAGCCCUUAUGUCAGCGGUCACUCGGUAGACAACAAUGUGUUACCACGUAUCAAAAUAGGUUGUAUUGCUUCCACAACGGUUCCGAAGUUGGAAAAGAAACAAGAUGUUAUGACUGGAUCAUAUAGCUCUGUUACUAAAAGCUGUGGUUUUCUUUUAUCGUGUACCCGUAACAUGCCUCAAGAAGAAAAAACCUGUCGUUGUCAACAAACAGCAUCGACCUUCCACAACUUUUCCCUCAAUUCCACUCCCCAAAAGAAUCAUGAGUCAAAAAUCCCGCACAUUCAGUCUUCUCAUUUACACUACGAAGAAAACAAAAUUAUUGAUAUAUGGGUUGAUAAUCUUGAACAAGAAUUUUCGAAAAUUCGCGAUAUUGUGAAUGACUUCCCGUUUGUUGCUCUUGACACCGAAUUUCCGGGAAUCGUUGCACGGCCGAAAGAGCAUUGCUCUGAUUAUAAUUAUAAAACAGUUAAAUGUAACGUGGAUUUACUAAAUGUUAUUCAACUCGGAAUCACCUUUGCAAAUGAAGAAGGGUUUUGUCCAAAAGGAACGUCAUCGUGGCAAUUUAAUUUUAAAUUUGAUUUGAAUCAAGAUAUGUAUGCUCAAGACUCAAUUGAUUUUUUGCGAAAAAAUGGCAUAAACUUUUAUACACAUCAAAGUAAAGGAAUUGAUGUUCAUCGAUUUGGUGAAUUGAUGAUAGCAUCAGGAUUAGUUUUAAAUAAAAAAGUUAAAUGGAUAACGUUUCAUGGCUCUUAUGAUUUUGCAUAUCUUUUGAAGUUGUUAACAUGCGCACCUCUCCCGAAUUCCGACAAGCAAUUUUUUAAAUUACUUAACGAAUUUUUCCCAUCCUUGUAUGAUAUUAAGUACUUUUUAAAAAAAUGCAGCAGUAUUCCUUUAAGAAAAGGUUUAUCAUUACAAGGAGUUGCCGAAUAUUUAAAGGUUAAGCGUAUUGGGCCACAACAUCAGGCUGGAUCGGACAGUCUUUUGACGUGUAAAACAUUUUUUCGUUUAAUGAAAGAAUAUUAUAAUAACACAAUUGAUGAAGCAGUUUUUUCUGGGUUUCUCUAUGGUUUAAAUGAUGCGAAUGUUGAAGCUCAAGAUCACCAUUCUUUUCAUGAAACCAAAAAAUCAGCCUCAUUUCACAACAACGCUGGCUGCGUAAAAACAUCGAUAUUACAAAACGCUUUUUUUACAAAAAACAACGAGCCAUUAAUGCACACGCCUUGUAAAGAACUAAAUGAGCAAAAAAGAUACGAAAACUUUAUCUGUCUCAAAGAAAAAUUUAAUGAUACCGUAAUUCCAUCGUCGGACAUUACCAGUCAACAGAAUUGGAGGUAUUCAAAGUUAGGGUCGUGUUAUGAUGAGAACCAAAAAGACAUUUCCUUAAUAGCGUCAUCGUCCUCCUCAUCUUCCGUUAACCUUGUUUCUCAAAUAACAUCAGAUAAAAAAAAAAUCUUGUUUUCAUCGCAAUUCUUAAAGUCACACUUUAUAGAUUCUUUCACAGGAAAAAAAAUCUAUUGCUCGAACAUUGAUGAAAAAAUAACGGCUUAACCCUCUUUAUAAAAAAAACAUUUGACAUUUGACAAAAAUUUUAUUUUUGAAUGUGGUUUAAAAAUGGAUUAUGUGAGACAUUAAUAUAAA